UGUGCAGUCAAAAUAAUGGCGGCCUCCAUGCGUUAAACGUGUUUUGAGCGAGCUCUCUGAAAGUUCUUGUGUGUUCCAACGUUUUCACAGCCAGUGCCUCGAAACUGUAACUUGUAAGGUGUGACAACAGCUGCAAGAAACCGAACAUGGCAGAGUUCGUGCAAACAAACAUAGAAAAGCUCAUUCCAGAGCUGGAACUUAUGGAACGAAUUGGUCUCUUCACAAGAGACGAAAUAAGGAAAAUAUUGGGCAGAAGAAAACGACACGAAUACCGCCUACGUCGUAUGAAGAAGUCGAAGGACGAUUACCUUCAGUACAUACAGUAUGAGCUCAACCUGUAUCACCUCCUGCAGAAAAGACGAAAGAGGCUUCGGAUAGUUGACAAGAAGAAAGACAUAGACUUCACCAUUGCCAGAAAAAUACAUCAGCUCUUUAAAAAAGCUGUUCUGAGGUUCAACGACGAUAUCAAGCUCUGGCUCUCGCAUAUUGAUUUCUGUUCACGAAUGGGCUGGGAACAUGCUGUUAGCACAAUGUAUGCUCGUAUGCUCCAGAUGCACAGCCACAGACCAGAGAUAUGGUCAGCUGCAGCCAAGUGGGAAAUGGAAAGCCAGAACUCUCCUGAGACAGCCAGGCAGAUUCUUCAGAGAGGCCUACGCUUCAAUGAAAAGUCUCAGCUGCUUUGGCACGAGUACUUUCGGAUGGAGCUGCUGUACACCGAAAAGAUGAGAAAGCGACAAGAGGUGCUCGGGAUUCAGAAGGAUACUCAGGAGCAUGCCAAUGAUGCAGUCCUAGGGGCAAAAAUUCCCUACCUGAUUUACACCACAUCUACAAACGUCAUAACAGAUGUAGAUUUUGCUCUGUCGUUUCUUCCCAUUUGUACAAAGUUUGACUUCGCUGCUUCAAUUGAGGACAGCAUCUACGAAGACAUCCAGAAUAGACAUGCAGGGGCAGAAGAAACCUGGAAUGCCGUGGCCCGCAGAUGCUACGAGAAGCGAAUGACAGUGGGAUCGUCGCGAGGGGGACAGACAUUGACCAAAUCAGAAGCCAUCAAAGCAGCAUGUGCCAUCUUUGACGAGGCUGUCACAAAGGUUCCCACAGAAAAAAUGUGGAAGGUGUACAUAGACUUUUGCCUUGAGCUGCUUGGAGAUGCAUCUUCGAAAAAGUCUGCAGAAAAGAGACUUAGCAGAGUUCUGUGUUGCAUGCGGAGGGCAUCAGAGAAUGGCCUGCUCACCUUACAGCAUCACCUUGAAUGGGUAAAGCUUCUACAGAACUGUGGUGAGGUAACGAGGGCUGUUGAGGAGGCCAAUGCUGCGACAAAGAAGUGGACGACGUCGGUUGAUGCCUGGCUGUUGACGUUGCAGCUGCAUUUAGCUCAUCCAGACAGUGUCAGUACUACGCUCGACGCCAUCCAGACGGCUUUAGAUGCUGUACCAAAAGAGGACUCACUUCCUAUCUGGGAGCUCAGUCUCACAUGGAUUACGGCAGCUUGCCCAUCAACGGCAUUAGAAUUUCUGGAGAAAGGACUGUUCUACCCACCACCUGUAUGUACAUACAUUAAAGAACAACUCCUAGGACUGUAUUGCUUGUACAAAGGGUACCAUGCAGCUAAGAAAUUUUACAAUAGAAUGCUGCUACAGAAGCCAUUGUCCCUUGGGUUCUUUCAGAAGAUGAUAGACAUUGAAAAUGCACGUGUGUCAACAUCUGCAGAGAAUCUGAGGUCAUAUUUUGAGGAUGCUGUCAAAGAAUUUGGGAAAGAUGACUUCAAUCUGUGGAUCAAGUACGUAACCUUUGAAGUCAACCAUGCCGGUGGAAACCCUCGGAACGUCAGUCGGUUGUACAGGCGGGCGGUGAAGACCCUGAGAAGUGACGUGACUGAUGCCUUUAUAGCUGCUUACACACUUCUGCAGCCAGGGGAAGAAGUACCCCUAGAAGAGGGUUGACGUAAAAGAAAACGAAAGAAAAACUCCAACUUGUUAUGUUCCGUUUUAUUUGUUGUACCAUACAAGGCAUGGCGAGUAGUGGCUGAUGGACCUCCAGCCAACUCAUCUUGAUUGUCAUUAUCAUCAUUACAUAGUACAGUACUGUAAGCUACCUAGCUUCAAGCCAUAAAACCAGAAAAAUCCCCACAUGUUCAUAUUUGUGACACCUGGGAAGUUUGUA